AUGCAAACCUCUCUCGAUCUUAAAAUGGAUAGUCUUAUUCAGAACGUUCGAUCAAGAACUGCCGACAAUUUUAAGGUAUUCGAAAAUGUGUUAAUGGUAUAG